AUGUUUGUGUGCACAGAAGGGACCACAAAGGGUAGUACCGGAAACAAGAGAGCAUGUAUCGUAGUACUGGGUGACUUUGGUCGCAGUCCGCGAAUGCAGUUUCACUGCGCGUCUCUGGCUCGACAUGGCAUCGAUGUCGAUGUGGUUAGUUAUUCAGGCUCAACUCCUCACGAGAUGAUCACUUCCAAUCAGCGGAUAGCGCAGCAUUCACUGCUAACGCCUCAUCAGUUGAAAGCAGGCAUGCCACGUGCCGUGUACCUGUUUGCAGCGGUGGUCAAAACGCUGCAAUUGAUAGUCACUCUGCUAUAUCGGCUGCUUACUGUACCCCGCCCGGAUGCGUAUCUAGUGCAGACACCUCCGGCUAUUCCUGCGCUCGCCUGUGUGAAGCUAGCGUGUCUUCUGCGCAAUUCAAAGAUGGUUGUAGAUUGGCACAACCUGGGCUAUUCGAUUCUGGCCUUGGCAAGGCCUGAAAGCUCGUUACUAGUAAGAAUCUAUAAAGGCUACGAAAGACUGAUGGGCCCUCUGUCAGACUACAAUUUCUGCGUUACUGUCGCGAUGAAGGCCUGGUUGAAAGCCACGUGGGGUGUGAGCGCUAGCACGCUGUACGACAGAGCGCCCGAGAUAUUUAAACGCCUAGACGUGAACGACCAGCACGAGCUAUUCAUCAGAUUGAGCCGCAGCCACAACGGUGUACUUGACGGACUCGACACCAGCUCGACAGUCUUUACAGAGAAGAAGGCAUCCACGGGUGUAGCUAGCUUAAGAAAUGAUCGCCCGUUGCUGCUGGUCAGCAGCACGUCCUGGACCGCCGACGAGGAUUUCGGCGUUCUGUUAAAAUCUCUAGAGAUAUACGAUGCACAAGCAAGUAACGGCACUAAACAUCCCGAUAUAGUAUGCAUCAUCACCGGUAAAGGCCCUAUGAAGGCCCAUUAUAUGGAGGUCAUAGCCCAGAAAUCGCUUGCGCAUGUGCAAGUGUAUACGAUGUGGUUGGAGGCCGAGGACUACCCCAAGCUGCUAGGUGCUGCGGAUAUAGGCGUGUCUUUGCACUAUUCGUCAUCAGGCUUGGAUCUGCCGAUGAAGGUGGUGGAUAUGUUUGGGUGCUCACUUCCAGUGUGCGCAAUUGAUUUCGACUGCUUAGAUGAGCUCGUGAAGGAUAAUGUAAAUGGGAAAGUGUUUGACACAUCUGCCACGCUCGCUAGUCAUUUCGAGACGUUGUUUGAAGGUUUUCCAACGCAUUGCGAGAAGCUCGAGAGCCUCCGAAGUGGAACAGAAGAAUUCAGAAGGAUACGAUGGAAUGAGAGCUGGGAUGAAACUGCAUGGCCAAUUAUGAUGGAGGCAAUGAGGUGACAAGACUCCCAGGGUUUUGGAGUUAAAUCGCCAGGACUGUCACACUAUGCAGUCGAGUAUUUCUAUUCACUCUCUGAGAGUUCGCAUAACAAUUGCCUCGGAGAUAUGCAGAACUUACAAUACACUCCGAAAAUUAAGUAGCCUUCGUGAUGCUAACUUUGAAAUCUUUAACAAGGUAUUGCAAGGCCCGACAGCGAAAUGUGUUAAUAGAUAGGCCAAACAAUGAUUACUAAUAUUCAACCUGCAAAUAUUCGCUUUUUAAUACGACAAAUCCUAUCUCGCUGGGUGCUAGAACGAGCAGAUCGUAUGCGACAUUGAUCACGCACAGGACCGAAAUUUGCACCGUAUAAUAACCUGAUGUGAGAGGAAACAGUGUUUCACCGGCCCGGGGUGCAUACUGAUGUACAGUUUAACCACCUUGAGUGUGCUAGACAAUUCGA